GUCGCAGUUGCAGUCGCAGUUGCAGUGGCCGAGGCUGCGACUGCCUCAUAAUUACCAUAUAUCAGGUGUACUUCGUACAAUGACAAAUAAAGCUUUCAGACCAAAAGCCACGUCCUUAAUUUCACCCUUCUCCAAUUACUCUUGUUCUCUUUUGCCAUAAUUCCUCACUGCCACAUUUAUUGAUUUCUCGGUGCUGUUAUGAAUUAAUAGAUGCUUCCUUUUACUACCUAGACCAUUCAAAUAUGCCUCCUCGAAAGAGAACUAAAGGUGCGACCGAAGAAAAAGCCGAAGAGCCCAUCAGAAGAUCAACCAGGGCAUCCAAGAGAUCUGCUCCUGCACAUAUUGACUCCUCUUCGGAUGAGCUCUCUUCCAAAGACUUGGCUAUUCGUGAGCAUGACGUGAAACUUUCAGACACCAAGGGCCCAUCUGAAGAGGAGGUCGGUGAUGUGAUCACCGUUCGCGUCACCCGCUCCAAGUCUCAUGCAAGCAGCCGCCCCUCAACUGCAAAGAGUGACUCCACCUCCCAAUCACAUAAGCUUAAGAUUGUUUCAGCCUCAUCUGAGGCAGGAGACGUGGACAUAUUUGAUAUCGACAAUGACGGGAAGGGAAAUAAACUUGCUCUCGAGGGGCCGGCCACGAAGAAGAGCAAGCCCAAUAUCAACGAGAAGCCUUCAAGCAGUCGAAAGUUUAGAUACAAGUAUGACAACCCUGACGAGAUGCUUACAAACCCCCUAUCGCCGCUAGCAACUGCCCAGCUUCGAGAACUACUUUGCAGUAAUGUGGCUUGGGACCUAUUAAGUUCAGAGGAGAAGCAGCAAGUACUUGCAAAGUUCCCGGACGAGAAGGAGAUUCUCGAUGCCGGCACAGAGAACGCAAGACCAGACAUCGCAGCCCUUAGAAACAACAACAACUUCCGGCACGAUAUAGUGCGGUACCAGAAUGACCUGAAAAAGGGAUGGCACGACCCGGAGUGGAUCCGACAGGCACAAUCCGCUCAUAGCAAACGCGAGAUUGGCUUCUACAACGAGUAUAUUUCGGAUCGUUUCCAGGAGGAUUGGAACAUGGAAAUGCCGGGAGAGGAGGAUAAGAAAGAUAGACAACAUGUCGAGGGACAUCUAGAAGUGAAAGUACCUGAGAAAGACGGCAAUGCUCAAGAAGAAGGUCGAGAACGAGAUGACGAAGCACAGAGGAGCGGAGAAGACCAGAAUCCGGACCCAAUGAAGGGUGUGACAGACACCUCUCAGGCAAAUGGAGACGAACACUUGGACAAGACAUCGGAGCAGGUCAAAGGUUUGAAGGAACAGACUGGUGAUGUGAACAAAGGUGGGGAUUCGCAGGAGCGUCCUUCAGACACGACCAUGGAGACCAUGUAGGAUGAAAGGUCCCGGUAAUUGUCUUGGCAAGAAGCCAUAUUGGACACUAUGAUAAUGAAAGGUACCACGAAGCUCUAACGAAAAUUAAAUAAUAAUACACCACAUUUAGGAAGUGAGAAUCCCUAGUAUUCUUUAUUACCCAUUCGGUGUACAUAAUACCCCGUAUAGCCAUUACUUUAUAGUAACUAUCUUAGCUUUCUCUUUUUUUCUUACACCGCUAUAUCAACUACCACCAGCACAGUACAAGU